AUGGCUUGGCGGUUCAAGGCGUCGAAGUACAAGAACGCCGCCCCGAGUGCGGCGACGCUCGACAUGUGCUUCCGGGACCUGAUCGUCGGCUCGUACCAGACGUACGGCAACAACAUCGCCGCGUCUGCCGCCUUCAUCGCGUUCAACUGGGAGCACGUCGGCUCGAGUGUGGCCGUCCUGCCGCUCACGUACAACGGGCGCAAGGGGAAGGCGCUGCCGCUGCUGCAGGCCCACUACGACACGGUUUCGUACCUGGACUUUUCGCCGUUCCACGACGGCCUGCUGGCGACCGGCUCACACGACUGCUCGGUCAAGGUGUGGCACAUUCCAGAGAAGGGCCUGGAGCAGUCCACCUCGACGCCGGAGUGCACGUUCUCCACCAAGAAGCGCAAGGUGGAGACGGUGAGCUUCCACCCGACCGCCGACUGUCUGCUAACCGGCACCGCCAGCGAUUCCGUCCUCCUGUGGGACUUGAUCAAGGAACAGGAGGCAUUCUUCAACGACGAGCACCCGGACGUGAUUCAGUCGCUCAGCUGGAAGACAGAUGGCCGGCUGUGUGCGACGAGCUGUAAGGACAAGUUUGUGCGCGUGCUAGACCCACGCAUUGCCUCGCCGAUCACGCUCGACGCCGAGAGCCACCAGAACCAUAUCGACUCCCGGAUCGUCUGGCUCGGGGAUCAGAACCGCGUCCUGACGACCGGCUUCGAUGAGUCACGGCUGCGCCAGGUCAUGAUUCGCGAUCUGCGCAACUACCGCACGCCGGAGAAGGUGCUCUCACUCGACUCCUCGACCAGCGUCCUAAUGCCGCUGUACGACCCGGACACGAACAUGCUGUUCCUGGCCGGCAAGGGCGACACGGGCAUCACCUACCACGAGGUGACCGACAAGGAGCCACAUCUGAUCGAGGGCAUCCGACACUCGGGCGAUCAAACGACCCGCGGUGUCUGCCUCGCACCGAAGCGAGCACUGAAAGUCAUGGAAGGCGAGGUGAAUCGUAUCAUGCAGCUCACCCUGAACGCGGUCAUUCCCGUGACGUACAAGGUGCCGAGGAAGUCCUACCGGGAUUAUCAUGCCGAUCUGUACCCCGACACAACCGGUUGUAAGACCGACCUGACCGCUCCCGAGUGGCUCAACGGGGCAAACACAACUGUCAAGAAGAUCAGCCUCGAUCCGGCCAAGCGUGAGCUAGGGGAUGCUCCAAUCAUUCCUCGCCUUGGGCCGAAGCCAUUUUCCCAAUUUUCGACGGCUGCCUCGCUGGACAAGGUGUUUCACGUUCCGGUGGCACCCGGUUCGCAGCCUCCCAAGAAGGACGGGGCAGAGAACGGAAACCACUCGCUCGAGCAGGUCGGCUCGGAGGAGCACGACUCGAAGGACAGUGCUUCCGCCGACUGUGGCGAACCGAUGGAGCAGGGACAGACAGAUGGCCCGGACAAUGUCCAGCUACGGGAGAAGGCGGCAAGCAACGGUAGCCCGCAGCGGGUUUCAACUGCAGAGCGCGUCAUGCCCGGCGAAAACGACAAGAUGUUUGAAACGUGGCCUUCGUCGGAAUCGGUUGACAAGUUUGAUGGAAGCACCGCCGACGGGGAAGGGCAGUUCCAGCGAAUGGGCACCGGCCGGUCCACAUUGGCCGACAGGCGACGUAUGUUCGAAGGACGUUCGCAAAGCGUGCAGGAUGAGAAAGCUUCCCCGACACCGCUCCGGCGCCGGCAAGCGACCACAAUCGACCGCGAUGAUCAGAAGGCGUCGGAUGACUCCACCUUGAUGGCACCGCCCUCCACGGAACCGGGCUUCCUGCGCAACCGUAGUGACCUGUCGAAGGAAAACAUGCCGCAUGCAACGGUGAAGCGCAGCAAUAGCACCAGCGGCAGCCAGCCGCCUUCCAGCGGAACCACCAACUCGUCGACCAUGGGCUCGAAGCGUACGUCGACCGUGUUCGGGCGCGUAUCCAAGUUCCGCCAUCUGCAGGGUGUCCCCGGGCAUAAGAGCACACACAUCGAGGACAUCCGCAACAUGAGCCGCCAGGUGCCGUGCGAGUGCGACGGCUUCCAGGCGAACCCGGAGCGUGUGGCCGUGCCGAUCGCCGGGAACGGCGGCAAAAUUGCCGUUUUCGAGCUCCCCGGUAAGGGUCGCCUGCCGGACGGCGUCAUCCCAACGCUCAUCGGCGUCCAGAAGGUCAUGGACUUCCAGUGGGAUCCGUUCGAUCCGACCCGCCUGGCGGUGGCGUACGACGAUGGCAAGGUCAACCUGUGGCAGGUCCCGGCCGGCGGCCUGACCGAGUCGAUAACGGAGCCGACGGCUACCCUCGCCGCGCACGACGACAAAAUCAGCAUCAUCCGCUUCCAUCCGCUCGCCGGCAACGUCCUGCUGACGGCCAGCUGCGACAUGACGAUGAAGAUCUGGGACCUGCACACCAUGACCGAACGCUACUGCUUGGUCGGCAACACCGACCAGACGCUGGCCUUCGCCUGGAGCCCGUGCGGACGGCUCGGUGCUACCGUUUCCAAGGAUGGCAGCAUCCGCAUCUACGAACCACGCUGCUCCGAGAAGCCCGUCUCGGAAGGAACCCUUCCAGCGGCAUCGCGUGGCGCCCGCAUCGUUUGGGCAUUGGAGGGAGAGUAUCUAGUACUAUCGUGCUUUGACAAGAUGUCGGAGCGACAACUCUACGUUUACAAGCAGACUGACCUCAACACGCCAAUGCACAUGAUCGGACUGGACGUUUCGCCCUCGAUCCUGAUGCUGUACUACGACGAGGACAGCUCAACGCUCUUCGCCACCGGCAAAGGCGACAGCACGAUCUACUGCUUCGAGAUCACGGACGAGGCACCGUUCAUAUGCCCGUUGUCGCACCAUCGCUGCACCACCAUGACACAGGGGCUCAGCUUCCUCGCGAAGAACCAGUGCGACGUGGCGUCGGUCGAGUUCGCCAAAGCGUACCGGCUCACCAAGAGCUCGGUGGAGCCGCUGGGCUUUUCCGCACCGCGCGUCAAGUCCGAACUGUUCCAGGACGACCUGUUCCCCGACACGAAGGUGCUCUGGCAGCCAACCAUCUCCGCCGCGGAAUGGUUUGCCGGCAAGAACGUCCAGCCUGCCCGCAUCAGUCUGCAGCCGGCCGGCAUGGAAAAAUUGUCGUCAGUGCAACCGUCGGCCACUGCUGCAACGCCGAAAAAGGUCGAACCUGUGGUCCAUAAUGUUCACAAGCCGUUCGCAGCUCCAGAGCAUGUACAAAAGCAGAUUCAAAACUCUGUAAGUGCUCGUAUGCCAAUGAACACCAAGCUGGAGCAGGAUGGGAUGGAGGGUGUGGAUGAAAAAGAAUGGGAAGAGUAGUGCGCUGCAGCAGUCCCAAAAAACACCUUUACCUAAAAAAAAACAUAAGCUAUACCGUUUAUCAUUACAUAUACUCAUAGGUUUAAAGUCACACACUCGGUAGGCGCGCAACUAACAUAAGCUCCCAAAUACUGCCUUUCCCGGGUUUACGUUCAACACAUUAGAUCACAAAUCUGUGUUUCAAAGAGAGUCAUUAUCUGCCUACUACUCAGCGUAGUGGUACAUAAACGAGGAUGAAAGCUGUGGCGUCCAGCCAACUUUCAUCGAGGGAGAAAAGUAUUACAAUUUUUGAGCAUUUACAUUUUGCCACAUCACUUCACAAGUGGAGCUCGUGUGGUAUAAUGAGCAUAGGCUUACUUUGCUUUUGACUCCAUGCAACAUAAAGAAACUCCAGGUACAAGUGUACCAAAAAGGUUAAAAAACAAAACGGAAAAAAGACAGAACGACAAUACACCAUAACCUACUUUAAACAGGCCAUCGAUGGAUUGAAAAAUGGUGAAAGACCAAGUGCGGAAAAAGAAACAAGACAACAUAAUGCAGACGAUCGCGGACGAAUAGCAAAAGUUUACGUCGGGCCAACCUGUACUCCAUGGGAGCGAAAGGAAAUGCAUAAAUAACGGAUCUUUCGUAGCAGGCAGAAAACGAAAACCUACCUCCUCCCAUUUGUUACGCAGUCUACUUAUAUUCAAAGUAAUAAACAUUAUAAAAAUCAUUAACAGUCGAAAGGGGACAGACAGAAAAAAACAAAACUAGUCAAGUAGGGAACUCGGUAAUUAAAACUAGGUAGUGUAUAGCAGCCCGUACGCGUGCUCUGCGUUUAAAAUAAUCGAACAUCCUGUAUGAUGCUCGACGCAAAUGGAAAGCGGUCG